CGGGCCGGGCCGGGGCGGGACCGGGCCGGGCCGGGCCGGGCCGGAUCGGAUCCCCUGGCCCGCCCCGUCUCCCUGGUCACGCCGCGGCGGGGGAGCAGCGCCCGUCCGGAGGGCGCGGCUGCCGGGGCGUGUUCCAGGCGGCUCACCCAAGCCCGGCGGGGCGGUGCCGCUCUCUGGCCGGCCGGGAGCGGUAGCGGUGGGUGCCGGGUGCGGCUGUCAGUGAGCGUGCGGCGUGUGAGACGGGUGGCCAUGUGGCACUGUAGUCUCCUUCCUGUGGCGGUGCUCGUAACCCUCUUGGGCUCUGUCAGAGGCGAUUAUGAUGACUUCAACUUAGGCGAUGCACUUGGAGAAGCAACGAAGCCUCCUCCACCUCGGAAGACACCAGCACCAGAUUUCAAUGAUUUCAACUUAGAAGAUGCUUUUUCCCCAAAUGACCCCAAGCCAGGUCCGCCUGCAAACCCUAGAGACACUGAUAACCCCAAGCAAAAUCCAUCUGGACAUCCUAAAGAUAGUGGCAAAAUUGAGGAUUCAGAUUUACUUGAUGACUCACCCAAAGGAGGAGGCGGUGGCAGUGGCAGCAAUGAACGAAGGGGAUCAGGUCCAAGUAAUGAUGAAGGAACUGAGGCAUCUCAGGGAGCAAUAGCUGGAAUUGUAAGUGCUGUGCUUGCUACUGUAGUUGGAGCAGUAUCUAGUUUCAUUGCUUACCAGAAGAAGAAACUCUGUUUCAAACAAAGCGAUGAAGAGAAUGUGAAUAUGGAAAGCCAUCGAGGAGCACAAUCUGAGCCACCUGUUCAGCGCACACUUCUGGAGAACUAAAUGAAAGAAAAUACGAUGAAGAGCAGAUCAUUGAAACUGGACAGAGAGCCUGCAUUCUGCCUGAAGUAAAAAAAAAAAAAGAGAGGAAAAAAAAAAGGGGGGAAAAAACGUAAUGUAAACAACAGAGUCUGAAGUUGUAAGAGAAAACAGUUCUUGUUUGAAACACCUCUGGGAGUGUGACUUAUACCUGAGUAUGUCUGUAUGGUUAGCCCUGUGAAGCAUUGUUGCACACCAGUAUAUGGCCUUAAUGACAGGAGUGUUGAAGUAUGUUCUGCCUUUACAUUCUUUCCUGUACUCCUGUGUCAAACGGGUGUGUCUCAAGUGCAUUCAGUAUGUUUAACUUUACUUCUCAAAAAACAAUAAACAAUUAGUGUUUUGUUAUGCCUUUGCUUUCAGGCAGUGCAAAAAAAAAAUAAAAAUUAAUGUCCUGUAUGCAGUGAGUGUACCAACCAAACAACUUGGUAUUUGGUGUGGGCACCUGAAAGCCAGUGGCUCACUGCAUGUGGACAAUGGAUCUGGGUGCGGGUGCUGAUCAAACAGUCUGUGUAGCUGCCUGGGUCAGCCACCAGAGAAGAGAAACUUGUUCUUGAGCAUCCAAGUGACAAAAAUUUAGUUUUGUUUUUGCAUUUUUUUUCAUUACAUCUGUCUGGUACAGAUUCAGAACAUCCAAACUGAUGUUCACUUCAUCCUUUCUGUCUCUUCCUGCUUAGCAAGUGCUGAGCUGGUUAGAUAUGAGAAAGCCUGAUUUUCAAACCAGAACCUGUAAUUGUAUUUUAUAUAUUUGGUGAGAUUCAUGUUUGGCAGUUGUCUAAAUAGUUGUGAGUGAAGUACUGGGGAGAGGGGAUCAACAUCUUCAGGCUUCCUUAAGCAAAAACUUCACAAAAAAUAGUGUUGAAUUGAGAAGGCUUAUCCUAUGCACUUAAGGCAGACACAGUAGGACAAUUUGAAAGUUCACAAGAGCAAGACUGACCGGCCUCGUUCUGCAGGCAUCCGUUGAACACUAUAAAUAGCAUAUAUGUGAAGAAUGCUUUUGGACUUGUGAAGGACUGCCAUUGUGAUGAGGACUUACGACUGCAUCCUCAACCGAAAGAGUUUGUGAACUUUGCUGUGGUUCCUGAAAGCCACAGGGAGGUUUCAAGGAUCUGUAGAAAUGUGGAAAUCUGCAAUUCAUAACAGAUUGAGUCUAGAAUAGUAAUUGAUUCUGUCUAAAAAGAAUAGUCUGACCAGUUCUGUUGGCUUUUUUUCUAAUAAUUUCCAAUUUUCAUGUGGUUUUACAGUACAUGUCUUACUGAUGUGCUUCAGACACCUGGCAAAAUUCUACAGAAAUAUGACAUUUCAUGGAACAUCUUAGAAGUCAUUAUGAGUUUGGAUAUUUAACAUCUAAAUGUAUCUGUGCAUUCAAAUAUGAAUGUAAGCCAAGGAUAAUUCAUUUAAGAAUUUCUUGUACAUGUUUCUUAGCUUGCAACAAAGCUUUACACAGAUUGUAGUAUUUUGUCAUGAAAUUAAUUUGUAAACCUCUCUUUGCCCCAUGUCUGCAUAUAUAUAAAAGUGCGAAAACUUUUUAAGUGUGUUUUAAGGGUGGAAAAGUGAUUUUUAUAUAAACAUUUGAUUGAUGUAAAUACAAAGAAAUGAAAUGUACUUGCCUGCAUGACUAAACAGGUAUCUCAUAUCAACGCCAAGUGUAAAGAAAACAGAAAUAAGCCAGUGUUAGGGAUAGAACGGCAGGAGAAGCUGGAGCUAGCUUUUAGCUAACCAAACUCUUGAGUCUUUCUUCAACUUUUGCAAGCCUAAAAAUUACUUAUUAAAACCUCUUAUCAACA